UUUCUCCCAACUUGAUCUUGCAAAUGAAAAGAAAUUGGCUGCAGAAAGUUCGGAGGAUGUUUGGCAGAAAAAGCAUAAUACCUCAGUUUCAGAUGGAACAAAAGAAGGGAGCAGUGAAUCGAAAAUACCGAGACGAGGAGAAGAAGAUGCAGAUUCUCAGACAAUGAUCUUAAAAGAUCCUUACGAAACCCCUUUCAAAAGUUUGAUCAAUGAAUUACAUACUGAGUGGCGUACUCGUGAGGUAUGGAGCCUGAUAAAAGAAGAUAUGUAUGGAAACUUAAUGAAGGAAAUGGAAAAUGAAGAGUGCAAGAAAAUUGGAAGUGAAAAGAUUGAAGCCAAGAUUAGAGAAAACUUAUACUAUACGGUCUUCAGUCAGGCAAUAAAGGAUCUUCUCAGUAGCCUUCAUGAUUCUACAUUAAACAAAGAGCGGUUAGCAAAAGAAGCUUACGGAAACUUAGUCAACGAAAUAGUAAAUGAAGAGAGCAAGAAACUUCAAAAAUACAAGAGUGACGCCAAGAUUAGAGAAGACGUAUAUUUCACAGUCUUAAGUGAGGCCAUAAAGGAUCUUCUCAUCAGCCUUCAUGAUGCUGCAGUAAAUGAAGUGAGCCUUAAAAAAGAAGAUAUGUACAAAAACUUAAUCAAGGAAAUUACAAAUGAAGAGAACAAGAAAAUUGAAAGUUGCAAGAUUGAUGCGAAAAUUAGAGAAGACAUAUAUUACAAAGUCUUCAGCAAGGCAACAGAGGAUCUUCUCAGCAGCCUUCAUGAUGUUGCAUUGGAAGAUUAUCACAGCUAUGAGGCUAAAAACAAACGCCUACAAGAUGCAUUGUCUGAUGAGAAACUGAUGGCUGAUUUAAGGGAUGAUGUUUACACAACAAUAUUGAGGGAGAUGUACAAGGAGUGGAAGGAGAGUAUAGAAAUUAAUAACGAUGAAGGUCUUUUUAGACAAGAGAUGAAUCGCAUAGUUUUCAGUGCAACAAUCAAAGAUGUGGUGAGCAAUGCCAAUUGCACGCUACAUGAAUUCCAAAGGAUCAGAGUUCCUGAGAAUUCCAAGUACAAAAUAAAUGAAAAACUAGCGGUGAUUUCUUCCAGGUUGGAAAAUUUCAAGCUCCAAUUACAUCCACUAGUCCAACAUGCUACCUUGCUAGAAGAAGGAGUCACUUUACAGGACAGCAUUUACGAAGAGAUGUGAGAAUCUUCAAAGGGCGGAAGCUGAGGUGGAUGUGCUGGGUGAUCAAGUUGAUAAGCUUACGGGAUUACUUAAGAAGACGUAUCUUACUCUGCAUCAACAAUCACCAUUUUUGAAGUCUUCCGAGGUACUAGAGAUUUUGAAGUUGAUCAAGCAAGAAGUACUCAUUUGAACCUUGUAACAACACGAAACUCUCUGCUCUUUUUUCUUUGGGAAAUUCAUUUUCUCCAAACAGAUUAGUUAGAUUGACUUAAAACAAUCUGCAUGGGAGAGAAAUACUGCGCCUAUUUUCUUCUUCACGGUUUCUUGCAUUAGGAGGGGUGUCAUCCAUGGGACUCUGCUUUGGCCCUCUCUUGUCCUGCUCUGUUUUUUUUAUCUCUGUAUGUAAUCUGUUUAGGACUCUAAUGCAUUAUUUGUAUCAGAUUAGACAACACUCAGUAUCUUCA